AUCAACCUAGUAUUUUUAUCAUAAUUAUCAUCAUUAUCAUAAUUAUUAAUGAUUUAUUAUUUCGUUUUUUGUUAAAGGGAUAGCCGGUCCAUUACUAUUCGACUCUUCUCCUCUGCUAUCCUCGUUACGGGAAUUAUUACAAUAAUGCUUGUAUAUAUCACAAGUUCAAAUCUAAAACUAGCUGCACACUUCACUUCUAAAAGUUACCAUGUAAACUACUGGACGUCUAAACAGUUUAAUGAGUCUGAUAAUUACGAUUUCAACACUAGUUAUUCAGCAAUCAAGAAAGCAUUGUACUCGUUGAGACGUCUUCUUCCACACAAACUUGUCAUUUUCAUUGAAAAUCAAGAACAAUCAAGAGAUGACUUUAAAGCGCUGUCAAUUACUUUGAUUCAAAAUGCAAAAUGGAAAGAAGUUCCAAAGAUAUUUUCAACAGUUCCGAAAAAACGGUCUUGUGCAGUCAUUGGAAAUUCUGGCAUCCUACUCAAUAGCUCUUGUGGAUCCGAAAUCGAUUCACAUGAGUUUGUAUUGCGUUCAAACAUCGCUCCAAUUUUAGGAUUCGAGAAAGACGUUGGAUACAGACACGACUUUGUUUCAUUAAAUCAUGAACUUUCACGGAUUGCCACCUCUUGUUUAGAAAAUUCAUCGAAUCCAUGUUUUGAAGAAAUGGUGAAUAGGUUUAAAGUUUAUGACCAAUCAAUAAUCUGGCUCUCCAAACUUAGUGGUAAAACAUCGAAGAAAACUUAUCUUGGAGUAUUAUCGCAGCUGCAAAAACACAACAUAAAUCCAAAGAUUGCAUACCCUUUCACGUCGAUUAGAAGACGUAUUGUAAGGUAUUAGCGGUAUAUUAUCGAUAAUUGCUUCGAAGCAGCCAAUUCAUAUUCUUGACAGCAAUUUGACCUCUGAAGGUCAUUGUUUGUCAAAAAACAAGGGCCUAAGACGACUGAAAAGCGGA